AUGUUCAGCUGCGAUUGGGCGGUGAAAGAGGCGGAGAAGUUGGUGACCACCUGCUACAAGUACCAGGCUUACUUUCCGACGUUCUCCGAAGAAAAGCAGGAGUUGCUGAACCUGGCCAACCAGAUCAUCAACAACAAACCGGCCUUUACCGCUGCUGGGUUCUUCGAGGUCAACUGCCGCACUCUGUUCACCCUGUUCGGGACCACCACCACCUACUUCAUCGUGAUCAUACAGUUCAAUCAGAUGUAG